AUGUCUCUAAAUUCGUCAAUUUCGGAGUAUUAUGGUGGAAAAUCCAUUUUUAUAACUGGCGCAACUGGUUUCCUGGGAAAGAUAUUAAUAGAGAAAUUGUUAUACAGUUGCCCUGAUGUAGGAAAUAUUUACAUUCUUAUACGAGAGAAAAAAGAAAUGUUGCCGGAAGUUUUUAAUAGAGUGAAGGCAGACUGUCCAGAUAAUUUAAAAAAAAUAGUUGUAGUGAAAGGAGAUAUUACUGAAUUCAAACUUGGAUUGAACUCAAAAGAUCUCCACAUGUUACAAGAGAAGGUUUCAAUAGUGUUCCACUUCGCAGCUACUCUAAAAUUUAACGAACCAUUAUCAGUUGCCAUGAAAGUAAACUAUGAGGGCACGGACGAGGUCUUAAGAGUUUCAAACAGCAUGAAAAAUAUUGAAGUUUUUGUAUACAUGUCUACAAUAUUUUCCAAUACGGACCACGAAAGAUCUACCGUUAUCGAAGAGUUAUAUCCCAGCCCCAAACAUGUUGAUGAAGUGUACAAAAUGAUUUUAGAGAACGAUCCCAAUGAAUGUUUUAAUCCAAAAUUAUUGGGUGACCGACCAAACACAUAUACCUUUUCCAAAUCCAUGGCAGAAAAUCUGGUUGCAGAUAGAAGAGGAGCACUGCCCACAAUUAUAAUACGUCCUUCUGUAGUAACAUCAUGUAUCAACGAGCCGAUACAGGGGUGGAUAGCUAAUUGGAUGGGCCCAACCCCAAUUCUUACAUUAUUUGGCAAAGGUUUAAUCCGAUGCUUAUAUGGAAAAAGCAAUUAUAACUUUGAAAUCAUACCCGCGGACUAUGUGGUUAAUCUUACUCUUAUUGCUGUUGCAAAACAUGAUAGAUCAAAAGAAUUAAAAAUAUACCACUCGUGUUCGACUGCAGACAAUCCACUUACUAUAGGAGAUACUUCCAAAUUUGUGGCUAUGGAGAGUGUAAAGCAGAAAUUCAAUAGAUUUUUAAAAAAUGACCUUCUUGCUAUGGACUAUUUCGUAUUAAAAGAAGAUGAUAACACUAAUAUUACAAACUGGAGUUUGCCUGUGGCAUGGCUCACA